AUGGAUGACUUUGUGAGCGAGUCUGAGAGUGACUAUGCCAGCUAUUGGCGCGACUGGUUCAUCUCCUCGCGAGGCAAUGAAUACUUUUGCGAAAUCGACGAGGACUACAUCACCGAUCGGUUCAACUUGACCGGGCUCAACACCGAGGUCCAGUACUACCAAUACGCCCUCGACCUCAUCACGGAUGUCUUCGACCUUGACUGCGACGAUGACAUGCGGGAAACAAUAGAGAAGUCUGCUAGGCACCUGUACGGUCUCGUCCAUGCUCGAUACAUUGUCACAACCCGGGGUCUUCAGAAGAUGUUCGAAAAGUACAAGAAAGCCGACUUCGGCAAGUGCCCGCGCGUUAUGUGUUCCUCGCACCCGCUCCUGCCCAUGGGCCUCUCAGACGUGCCCAACUCCAAGCCCGUCAAGCUCUACUGCGCGCGGUGCGAGGACAUCUACAACCCCAAGUCGUCGCGCCACGCCGCCAUCGACGGCGCCUACUUUGGCACCUCGUUCCACAACAUCUUCUUCCAGGUGUACCCUACUUUGGUACCCGGAAAGAGCGUGGAGCGCUACAUCCCGCGCUGUUACGGCUUCAAGGUGCACGCCGCCGCCGCCCUGGUGCGCUGGCAGAACGGCCAGCGGGACGAGAUGCGCAGGCGGCUGAGGAAGCUCGAGGUCGAGAGCGGGUUUAAGGACGCCGAGGACGAGGCUGAGCUUGAUGAUGAGGAGGAAGACGAGGAAGAGGAGGAGCUGGUCGCUAUGGAAGAGGUUGAGGGAGGAGCCCAACAGCAACAUGCGGCCGCGGCAGCGGCAGGUGCGCUAGGUGCAGGUGCGGCGACAGGAGGCGUUGCUGCCGGUGGUGAAGGUGUCCAUUAG